AUGAUAGAAAUAAAUGGAUUGAGUGAUGAGUUCCAACUAUUCAGUCAAUGCGAUCGGACAGUUGGGUCGGGAGUGGCCACAUGUCUCAACUACUUCUCUCCCAUCAAAUUUGUGACCGACUUUUUGGGUGGAAAUAAGGAUUCACUUUGUUGUAGUAUAAGUACUGUAGAGUAUUGGGAACACACUCACUUCCGACACAACGCGUGUAUCCAAGGUGUUAGAGAUGCGGCCCAUUUGGCCAAAUCGGCCCAUUUGUGUCCCGAUUCCAUCUCUGAUGACUUAAUCACAACACUCACCGAUUCGACGCUAAAUAGUUAUAUAACAAAGUCUUGCAAAACAUUUAACGCCGGGAAGUGUGUUAUGGAUUCAGUUGGAGAUGUGGUCCAAACAAUUCAAGGAUUCUUUACUCCACAGAAUCAGAAACCAGUUAUUCCUCAGAUCGUUGAUAGCGCUCCUCCACUGUUCACCACAAACAGCCGAACAAAUGUCUAUACGAGUGACAGUGGCAUUCCUUAUGAUAGACAACCCAACCAUAACUAUAACACAGACAAUAGCUUCGUAUUGAAUCCGUUUCGAGAGAUUAUAAACAGAGGAAUCAAUAGAGAGACUGCGAGACCGACAGAGAAUCCCUUAAUUAAUAAAUCAGUUCGCGAUCUCUUUGAUCGACAGUACAUUCCCGAGGCUUCAGAC